CACAGCUUUGGCGCAUAGCGGGCGUCAUUUCAAGAGAUCUUCACUCUCCACAGUUCAGCUCUUGUCGGCUUUGGAAGGGGGCCAUCGAGAGUGUCGCGUUUGCAUGGGUGCCGUGGAAAGAUAAACAGAUACUACAUCGAGUUCGGUCGUUCGGUAGUUCGUUCGGCGUGUUUUGAAAUCAGUUUUUCGAAUCGACAAGUCUCAAACAAGUGCCAUUGCAGUGCAGCGGGAAAUGCUUUGAAAUUCCCACAGAUAAUCGCUCUAAUUUGCCAUUAAUUGGGUGCCACGAGUGUGAUAAGCCCUCGACAUUAAUUAAAGUAAUUCGGACUGGAAUUAGUCUAGUUUGACGACUGGUCUGUCAGUGUUCAAUCAGAGUAUUGAGUGCCAGUGUGUCAGAUGGGCUCAAGCUGGCCUAAAGGAGUCGAUUGCAUAAUAUAAUCCACGGAAACGAGUUCAAAUUGAGUGCAGGCAACCUCCAAGAUACAGAUACAUACAUACAUACAGAGAUACCUACAUAUAUACAUAUGUCUAUAUGCGAACGGUAUAAAGUGCGAAGUGUAUAAAAGGCUCAUCAACCGAAAUCUUCUGUAAUUUGCUCAAUUGGCGUGUUUGUCCGCCGUUGAUCAGCGUUUGGCGUCGUUUAGCCAAGAGAUACUUUUGUAUCUGGCUGAGCAUCAGCCGCAGCAGCAGCCGCAGCACCAGCAGCAGUCGCUGCCUCUCUUUCUCUCUGUACCAAAGUUCAUCGCUGUUAAUUCUACGAUGGCCAUAUCCAAGAUUGCCUUUUUGGCUCUUAUAGCCCUCGGCGGGCUCUGUGGCCUGGCCAGUGCCACCUACAAAGUGGGCGUGGGGCGGGCAGACAUCACCGGACCCCCAGUGGAGAUCAACUUUAUGGGCUAUGCGAACAUCAAGCAAGUGGGGCGUGGCAUCCACACCCGCGUCUUUGCCCGUGCCUUCGUGGUGGAGGACGAGAAGGGCAACCGGGUGGCCUUCGUCAGCGCAGACGCGGGCAUGAUGGGCUACGGCCUGAAGCGGGAGGUGAUCAAGAGGCUUCAGGCCCGCUACGGGAACCUCUACCACACGGACAACGUGGCGAUCAGUGGCACCCACACGCACGGAGCGCCCGGAGGAUUCCUGAUGCAUCUGCUCUACGACAUUUCUAUUCUGGGCUUCGUCCCACAGACCUUUGAGGUGAUGGCCCAGGGCCUUUAUUUGUGCAUCAAACGAGCCACUGACAACCUGGUGGAUGGACGCGUCUUCCUUUCGAAGACCACCGUCCUGAACGUAAACAUAAACCGCUCCCCGUCGUCGUAUCUGCGCAAUCCGGAGGAGGAGAGGGCCCAGUACGAGCACGACACGGACAAGACUCUGACGCAGCUGCGUUUCGUGGAUGUGGAGAACAAUUUGCUGGGCGCCUUCAACUGGUACGCGGUGCAUGCCACCUCCAUGAACAACACCAACAAGCUAGUGACCAGCGACAACGUCGGAUACGCCGCCCUGCUCCUGGAAAAGGAGUACAACCCGAACAAGAUGCCGGGCAAGGGCAAAUUCGUGGGCGCCUUCUGCUCUUCCAACCUGGGGGAUGUGUCGCCCAACAUCAUGGGACCCAAGUGUUCCAUCUCGGGUAAUGAGUGCGAUCUGCUCACUUCCCGCUGCCCCGCCGGCGAGGGAGAAUGCUUCGCCUCCGGCCCAGGCCGGGACAUGGUGGAGAGCACCCAGAUCGUGGGCCAGCGGCUGGCGGACGCCGCUCUUGGUCUGCUGAAUGAGCAGAGCCAGGAGUCGACGGCCCGCGAGGUCACCGGUGACGUGCGCUUCAUCCACCAGUUCGUGGACAUGCCCAACUACAACGGCAGCGCCUACAACCCGCUAAGCCGGAAGAUCGACAAGAUCCGGGGCUGCCAGCCGGCUAUGGGCUACAGCUUUGCUGCCGGCACCACCGACGGCCCCGGCGCCUUCAGCUUCGAGCAGGGAACAACCACAGACAAUCCCAUGUGGAAUUUCGUGCGCGACUUUAUUGCCACUCCCACCCAGGAGGACAUCAAGUGCCACGAGCCGAAGCCCAUUCUUCUGGCCACCGGAAGGGCCACCUUCCCGUACGAGUGGCAGCCGAAGAUCGUGUCCGACCAGCUUCUGAAGAUCGGAGACGUGAUCAUCGCCGCCGUUCCAUGCGAGUUCACGACCAUGGCUGGACGGCGCCUGCGCAACCAAAUCCGGGCUGCAGCGUCCGCCGUCGGAGGCCUGGACACUGAAGUGAUCAUCGCCGGGCUGACCAACAUCUACACCAGCUACACGGUGACCCCCGAGGAGUACCAGGCUCAGAGAUACGAGGCCGCCUCCACGAUCUUCGGCCCACACACGCACUCCAUCUACAUGGACGUGUUCGAGCGCCUGACCAAGGCCCUGAUGCGAAACGAGACGGUGGAGCCGGGCCCCAGUCCGCCCUACAUGAACGACGUGAUGCUGUCCCUCAACACGGGCGUGCUCUUCGAUGGACAUCCGAUCAACACGGACUUUGGCUACGUGAAGACGCAGCCCGGAAAGGAGUACGGAAUCAAUGACACCGUCAAGGUCACCUACAUCUCCGGCAAUCCGCGCAACAACCUCUUCACCGAAAAAACCUACUUCACCGUAGAGCGAAAGAUCAAUGAGGACCGCUGGAAGGUGGCCUACACGGACGCCAGCUGGGAGACCAAGAUGAUCUGGCACCGCACCAACACGAUUUUGGGAUUCAGCGAGCUGGAAAUCUACUGGAACAUCAGCCCGCAAACGCUUCCUGGGGUUUACCGCAUCCGGCAUUCGGGCGAGUACAAGUACAUCCUCGGCGGAAAGUAUCCAUACGAGGGCCUCUCGCACUCCUUCACCGUCAAGGAGGACUAAUCCGUGCCGGAGUGGGUCGAUAAUUAUGUAUUCCUGGAUUCUAGACGAGCAUUCGAAUCGCCAUUCUGGCGAAUCCAUGUAUUUAUUUACCAUUUAUAAGUGACGGAGUGAAGGAAAAGCUUUAUUUUUGCAACUGCGAAUAAAAAGGAUGCCAAAUUUUGUUGAAACUAAACAAAUCGAAGG